AUGACUACAACACCUAUCGCGGUCGCGGUGGCGUUCGGUCUGUUGACAUUGCUCUACAUUGUUACAGGGAAAAAGAAGGGAGUAAACAAACCCCUCCUUAAGCUUCCCCUAAUCGGCGACCUGCAUAGCUCCCCCAUUGACAAGCCACUUUCAAACUGGGACUCAUGGACGAAAGAAAAUGGACCUAUUGCAGUACCGAAGCUCUUCGGGAUCAUACCAAUUGUGGUCUUGAAUUCCUAUGAGGCUGUAACUGAGUUGUUCAGUCGCCGCAGCCAAUGGUACAGCAAUCGUCCGCCCUCCGUCAGCAUGGAGAUGAUCACGGGGGCUAAGCCUGGGCAGUCAAAAUUCACUCUGAUGCACGACUACGAUGAUCACCUCAAGUUCCACCAUCGCAUCCUGGCGCCCAGUCUCGGUGCCCUCGCCGCCCCACAGUACCAUCCAUUGAUGGAGCUUGAGUCCAAACAGCUAUUAUUUGACCUCUCAAAUGCUGCACGGAAGCUUCCCCAUGGCAUCAGCACAGAAACUAUCUAUCCACUUCUUGAGCGCACUCAAUCUAGUGUCAUACUUGCUCUGCAUUAUGGUAUGCGCAUCCCAAGCUUCGAAGAGCAUAUCCUGCACGAGAUCAUCGACAUCCAAACCCAAGUAACCCAUCUCGCUGCGAACCCCGGUAUUCCAGAUAUGAUCCCGCCUCUGCGCCACCUGCCGGAAUUUUUGUCACCAUGGAAGCGAGCAGCCGACAAGCUCUACGCCACACAGGUGGACCUCUAUAUGCGCCUCUUCCGGCAUGGAAGGGACUCGGCAGGCUGGAACUCCACCAAGCAGGCCAUUGCCACAGCGGAGAAGUAUUCUGAAAACGGUGUCCCCGAUCUCGACCUCGCUUUCACUCUUGCAACAUCCAUCCAGGGUGGUAUGGAGACUUCACCGCGGCAGCUGCUGUGGUUGUUCAUUGCCGCGCUGCACCAGCCGUCCUUCAUGGCGCGGGCGCACGCCUUGCUCGACGAGGUCGUCGGCCGUGAUCGCCUCCCCCGGUUUUUGGACCGUUCGGGACUCUCUUUCAUUGAUGCUAUUAUGCAUGAACUUUUCCGUUGGCGGCCUAUUUCGCCAGGUUCAAUUCCUCGUAGGGCGGACCGGGACGACGAGUUCAAUGGUGUCAAGAUCAAAAAGGGUGUCACUCUCAUGGCCAACGCGUGGGCCAUCGGUCGGGAUGAGAAGGUCUUUGAUCCCGCGCUUGGAGACACUCAGGAUUUCGUGCCUGAGCGGUGGCUCCAGCGUGAUGACGCCGGAGAGGAAAGACUGCGAACGGACCUUCCGUUGCCGGUCUUUGGGCAGGGCCGUCGUAUCUGCCAAGGAAAGAGGGUCGCUACAGAUGGAUCUUUUAUGCAUGUUGCUUGCCUGCUGUGGGCGUUUGAUAUCGAGCCUGCUGAUGGGGAAGAGGUGGAUCCAUGGGCGAUGGUCGUGGCAGGGUUCAUGACAAUGCCGAGGGAGGUCAAGUUCAAACUCCGGCCCAGGGGUGACUGGGUACUCGAUGUUAUCAAUAAAGAGUGGGAGACAGCAGAGAAAAGUCUCGGGAAGGUUAUGGGGACUGAUGUUGAUGUGGAAAAUAAAUGA